AUAGGGGCCGCGGGACGGACGGACUGAUUGACAGAUCGCUCGCUCUCGAGUCGCAGCGCGGAGAGCGCUUGUCCGAUUCGGUUCCCACAAGCAGAGCCAAAGCGGGCCGAGGGAGACACAGACAUGGGUGACCCGGCUGGGUGAAGCCACCGACAAAACACAAGAUGGUUGGCUUUAUCUCUUGCCUAUGUCAUGGAAUCGUUUUGGUCACUAUUCUUUUGAAUUCAGCUGGAGCAGGAAUUUUUGGAGGGACUGAUGUUCUGUAUGGAAGAAUAGGAACGGAUAUUACGUUAAUGUGCGAUGCUGCUGAAGACAGAAUAAUUCAAUGGAAGGUUAAUGGGACCCUUGUGACCUUAACUAACAUUGUGAAAGGACAGAAUGGAAGUCUUGUUUUGUCGAUGGCAAACUUGUCAAUGGAAGGAAAUUAUAGUUGCCAUGAUGAGACUGGAAGAUUGUUGCACUGGACCCAACUAAAACUUGGAUAUCCUGCAAGCAAACCACUGGUGCACUGCAUGGCUUCAAAUUUUUAUAGAAUUUCUUGCAUGUGGGAGAAUAGUCAAGAGGGGUCCUUUCCUAUCCGUUACCUUGCAACUUAUAGGACUCCAAGCAGCAACGUUUUCAGCUGUCCUAGAGAUUUUCUUAGGAAUAUUUGCCAAAUAGACAAUCCUCAAAUGUUUGCAUCCUUGCCAUAUGUUAUAAAUAUAACCGCGAUCAACCCUAUUGGCAGCAGGACCACAUUGUUGGAUAUUGUGCUACUUGAUAUCGUUCAGCCGGAUCCACCUGUAAAUGUAACUGCUGAACCUGUUUUUGGAUCUCCUAGAAGAAUCAAAGUGCAGUGGGAGUAUCCACCAUCAUGGGGGUCACAGUUCAAAUUAAAAUUUGUCCUUGAAUACAAACUCCUGCGAUAUAAUUUCUGGUCGAGGUUGGAUACUAAAAUGACGACAGAAAUCAUCACUGAUGCCAUUGCUGCUCAGUUGUGUGCAAUUCGUGUCAAAGCAAGAGAUUUUUUUGACAAUGGUAAAUGGAGUGAUUGGAGUUCGGAAGUACUUGUCACACCAUGGAUUGAAACCACUACAGAAAGUAUCCAAUCUGUCACCACGCUGAUGACUGACUUUGUCCACACUCAAAGUCAAACUACAGACCCUACCCUCUCUUCAAACGUAAUCCUUUCAAGUUCUGAUGUACUGGAUAGAAAUAUUGUCAUACUGAUCUCCAUCGCUGCUUCAAUUGGAAUCUGCAUUGCAGUCACUACGUUUGUGUUAUGGAUCAGAAGACGACGACAAGAGUCAGAUAAGAAUGACAUUCUGACCAAGAAGGCACUGUCCCUUUGUUAAUGUGCUCAGCAUAUUGUUCUGAGCGAGAAUUCUGGCUACUAUGUCAAAUGGAGGACCUCUUCACUGUUGUACAGUUCUUCAGCUAACUGAGCAACAUUAUGAAGGAAUUGAUCACGGGGCUUUAAAUUGAAGGACAUUUCCAGAGUUGCCAACUAAAUGAUUACUAGAUUGAAUUGUUUAGUUAUUUUUCCAUGAUCUAUUAUUGUACAUUUUUUUAAUUUCCACAAAGGUGUUUAAAUGAAAUGAAUGCUAAGCAGUUUUGAUACCCAAUGAGAUGUUGUACUUCCUGAAUACAAUCACCCCUUGCCUUUCAUUUGAUUUUGCAGUCACUCAUACUCUUUCUAAAAAUGUAGUUAUGUUACAGAUUUGAAGUGAAAUCAUUUGAUGUAGUUUUAUUACUCCCCCAGGGGUUGCAUUAGGAGGAACAUGAAGAACCUGACAAGCAACCUAUAAAAGAUCUUUGUUUUAUAGGUCACACCAAUAGGAGUAUUAUGGUCAAUUCUGAAGGUGAUAGAAAGGAUAACUGCUAGGAGAAGAGUCGUCAGCAUGAUAUAAAAGUUACAAAAUAGCUGUAGUGCUAUGGAUCAUUCAACCUUUAUUGCGUUAGUGAUUUGCAGCAUGAUAUUGUUGCAACUUGCAACAAGAUUACACCAACAAGCAGAAUUAAGCCGAGGAAAACAUUUUUUGAGCAGAUAACUGAGUCUGUUUUGGACUUUUGUGCUUUUCUUAAAGCACAGCCUUCGAGAGGACUUUCCUUUUGGGGGCCAUGGGGGGAGCAUGUGGAAAGAGGAGAAGGGAGUAGGUAGAGGAAAGGAAAAGUGAAAAGGCAAAUAAUUUAUUGAAGCUCAUUAGUAUAUUCUGAAAUAUUGAAUUGUCUAUUCAAGGCUGGUCAGUUUAAUAAAACAAAUGUCCACACAGUACUGAACAAGUUACAAAUGUAGUGCAACAUCAUCCAAUCCUUGAGACAGGUUUUUAGAAAUAUAGAUAUUUCUAUGGUCUAAUAUUGGUCGAUAUCAUUUACAGAAGCUUGGAAUGGUUUGAGGCUUUAAGAACGUGAUGGUGAAUUGAACGUCUUCAAGUAGUGAAUACUCCUUCCUCUAUUAAAGCACAUGGAGAAAGGACAGUAAUUUGGCCUUGGGUAUUGAUUCAAAGGCAACAUUUUAGAAUUGAUUUAAAUUAUUGACAAGGAUUAGUCAAAUACUUGAUUGCAAAAUUGUUACAGCACCAAACCUGUCUGUGCCACUACUCUGAGAAAGUUACUUAGUCACUCCUGUGCUGUAACUGUACAUAUUUCCCUUUUUGAGUACCAAAACUGAAUCUGCCCCUACUACAAUCUCGCGGACUGGUUUCCUGAUCCUACUGGUUGCUGUCUGAAAGCUUUUCUCGUGUCACCAUUUUCUCUUCUUCCAUAACUUUAAAUCUGCAAUUUCAAUUUUGAUUCCAUCAGCUAGCAUGAUGGGAAAUUUGAAUUCAUGUCCCCAGAGCAUUGCCCUAUCUCUCUAGUUUACUAUUCAAUGGUUACCAUUACAUCAUCAUGUGCCCAGGUUGAAAAUAUAGGUCUACUAGAUACCUAUAUCACAGGAAACGGUUAUACAAAUUGCAGCAUUUCACUUCUUUCUAUUCUUCCCCCAAACAAAAUAUCUGCAUGACAAAUCAUGAUAACUUCUUACAAAAAUAACUAUAAAUGUAUAAAUAUUAUAAUUUUAUGUUGGUUUAGAUUCUAUAUAAAUUGAAUGUCCCUUUGUGCCAAUUCAACACUUAAGUUUUUAUGGCUUUAUAAUUUUGAUUACCUUUUAAUUCCAGAUAGAUCAUCUCGGUUGCAAUUUUUGAAUAAAGCUCCAGAUUUAAAAUUUGAGGGGAUUGCACUACUGUUAUUUAAAUAUACCAGAAUGAGUGUCAGAUCCUGUGGUCCCAGAUUGGCUGAUUUAACUGGAGGGCCAUACGUAAGCAACAGUGUAAAACUUUGCAGCCAGUCAGUAUAGGUCAUCCAGAGACAAUUACUUAAAUGAGACCUUUAUCCUUGUGCUUCAUUUCAAAUCUAAAUGUGCAUUUGAGAUUGUUAUAUGAUGAAUGAUGCAUGUGAAACGUAGAAGAGGCGGUCAUUCGGCCCUUUAAGCCUGCAUCACUAUAUAUCAUGAUCAUGGCUGAUCGUCCAACUCAGUGGCCUAAUCUGCUUUCUGCCCAUAAGCUUUGAUACCAUUCAUCCCAAAUGCUGUAUCUAGCCACCUCUAAUAUAUUCAAUGUUUUGUCAUAACUUUUUCCUGUGGUAAUGAAUUCCACAGCCUCACCACUCUUCAGGUGAAGAAGUAUCUUCUGAAUCCUCAGACUGAGCCCUGGUUCUGGGCACACUCACCACCGGGAACAUCCUGUGUGGUCCUGUUAGAAUUUUAUAAGUCUCUGAGAUCCCCCCACCCAGUCUCAUUUGUCUGAACUCCAGCACAAAAUGCUAACCUAAUCAAUCUGUCCUCAUGUCAGUACUGCCAUUCCCAGAUGAGCCUGGUAAACCUGCACUGCACUCCUUCGAAAGCAUUUGCUCAGAAAAGGAGACCAAAACUGCACACAGUAUUCCAAAGCCCUGUUUAACUGCACAACACAUCCCUGCUCCUGUACCUGAAACCCCUCAUAGUGAAAGCCAACAUACCAUUUGCCUUCUUAAUGCCUACUGCACCUGUAUGCUUCCCUUCAGCGACUGGUGCACAAGGAUGCCUGGGUCUCACUGCACACUCCCAUCUCCCAAUUUAUAGCCAUGCAGGUAGUAAUUUGCCCUCUUGUCUUUUGCUUUCAAAGUGAAUAAUCUCAUUUAUCCAAAUUAUAUUGCAUUUGCCACUGAUUUUCCCACUCACCCAACCUGUCUAGGUCAUACUGAAGGAUUUCUGCAUCGUCAUCACAGUUCACCCUCCCAUCCAAUGUGGUAUUGUCUGCAAACUUGGAGAUGUUACAUUUUGUUCCCUCAUCUAAAUCAUUAACAUAUAUUGUGAAUGGCUGGGGUCCCAGUACUGAUCCCCGUGGCACCCUACUGUUAAUGCCUGCCGAUGUGAAAAGGACCCAUGAAUUCCUACUCUUUGUUUCUUCUCUGCCAAUCAGUUUUCUAUCCACCUCAAUACACUUUCCUCAAUCCCACGUGCACAAUAAUCUCUUAUGUGGAUCUUCGUCAAACGCUUUCUGAAAAUCCACAUAUACCAACUAAGAAACAAAUCCUGAAGUGGUGUCACCCACCCCACCAAACCACAACACUUAAAUAGCAAGCAGGACUGAACACUCAAGCUUCACCGGAGAUGCACUGAUGACAUUACCUAGCAUGGUGACAAAAUGUACGUGAACAAACUUACCAACUCGGCGAGUAAGUCAACAUCUGCAUUCCACAUUGACUGGCAUCCCCCUUGUUGAUUUAGUUACAUUUUAACAGAUUUGUCAAUCCCUUUCAUAAAUCCAUGCUGACUCUGUCUGAUCUUGCCAGUGCUUUCCAAAUGCUCUGCUUUAAGUCCUUGAUAGUGGAUUUGAGAAUUUUCCCACUACGGAUGUUGGGCUUACUGGUCUAUAAAUUCCCUGUUUCUCUCUACCUCCCUUUUUGAAUAUUGGAGUGACAUUAACUACCCUCCAGACCCUGUAGAAUCCUGGAAGAUGACAACUAAGACCACUAAUUUCUAGAGCCACUCCCUUGAGUACUCUGGGAUGUGGAUAAGCAGGCCCUGGGGAUUUAUCCAUCUUCAAUCCAUCAGUUUUCCUAGUACCUUCUCUCUACUAAUAUUGAUCUCCCCCAAUUCUUCCCCCUCACUAAAUCUUGCAUGCUCCAACGUUUCUGGUAUUGGUUCUGUCUUCACAAAAGAAGACAAAACAAAAGUACGUAUUCAGUUGCUCAGCCAUUUAUAUGUUUCCUCCAUUGCUGUCUUUAGGGACCUAACAUCUGUCUUCACCAAUCUCUUUCUCUUCACAUACCUAUUGAAACUCCUAGUGUCUGUCUAUAUGUUCCCUGCAAGCUUACUUUCCUAGUGUAUUUCACCCUUCUUAAUCAAAUCCUUGAUCUUUUCGAAUUCAGCAAACUGCUCCAAUCCUCAGACAUAUUAUGUGCCUUGGCCAAUCGGUAUGCUUCUUCCUUGGAUCAUAUACUAUCUUGAACUUCCUUUGUAAGCAAUGGAUUGGCCCCCUCACCCAUUCUGCUUUUAUGUCAGACAGAAAUAAACAGUUGUUGCUGCUCUCCUGUGCGUUCUUUGAGUAUUUACCAUUGCCUAUGCACUGCCACCCCUUUAAGUAAUCCCUAAUCUAUCAAGGCUAACUCUCACCUCAUAUCUUCAUAGUUUCCUUUAUUAAGAUUCAGCACCUUAGUCUCCAAGUCAAUAACCUCACUCUCCAUCUUGAUUUUAAAAAGAAUUCGUAUCAUGUUGUGGUCACUGAUGAUUUGCUACAAUCUUGAUGCCUCUGUGAUUCCCAGUAGACUGAUAAUGCGAAUACUUCCUGCAGUAGCAUGAAAUGAGCCAGUGGCAUAAGAUUCAGCCUGUGCACACUGGAAGUGUAUUUAGUCUUGGCUGUAAGGUUUAAAGUUUUGACUGCAUCCAAGCCUAAUCUUUGCUCAGAAGCAAUGUUUUUUCAGUCACUUGCAGGUACUUGUGCAGGACCUACAAUGAAAAUGAGUAACAUAGAGGUGGAAACACCUCCCAGUGCCUACUGCUAUUUACAACAGUCCCUUUUUAGUUUAUCCUUGUUUCAUAACUGGUACUAGAAAAAUGCUACGCACUGGUAUCAUACAGUGAUACACAGACUUGUAUCGAUACUAAAUCUUAAAAGCACUUAGUCAGUCAUUAAGAAGCAUAUUAUCAAUCAUUUACAAUCCAUAAUAUGUGAUGUUAGUUCAUUAAAAUGUUAACAGGUUCACAAAGAAUCAAGUUUCUCCAAAUGUUCACAACCUCUGUCAUUGAUUCAUUGAAAAUGACAAAUUUUGCAAUUUUACAAAAAGCUUGUAUCACUCUUGUCUGAGCUAUGAAUUCAGUUACCUCAGUUGCACAUGUAUUCGAUACUUCAAAAUCUACCAAUUACCUUAAUUCUGAUAUGCCAGAGCAUUGUGACCUCUAGUGUCUAUUUGAAUAUAGGGUAAGAUCUGUCAGAGUAUCCUGACAUGCUAAUAACGUAAAUAUGCAAUGUCAAUCUCUACUGCAGAAAAAAACUAAGUGAGAAAACUGGCAUCCAUUAAGUGAUUUUGCUAAUAAUUUUACAUGUGUAACUCCAGAAACUCCUAUUCUCAGAGGCACCCAUACAAAAUAUUAUUCGAGUGUUUUCCUAGCUAAGACUUAUAGCACCAGUGGAUGCACCACAAUUUGGAGCUAAAGAACAUCAACCAUUGUUCUUGCUUCUGAUCACUUUGCAAUCCAAUAGAUUGCAAUGUAGAAAGAUCUAAACAGCUUAGAUACAAUGGCCUAUGGCACCAAUUGUUCACAGUUGCUCGCACUGGUUACUUAAGUAAUAUUUAAGGGCGACUUUUUCUUUAGAACCAUAAUACUAUGUUUUAUAAUUUAAGAAAUUGCCUUGCCAAAAUGACAAUUUUAUGCUGCAACUUGGACAAAAUAACACAGAUGGGACAAUUUAGGGACAGCUGGUACAUGGGAACACUACCUGCAAAUUGCCCACUAAUUCAUUCACCAUCCUGACACACAACUAUGUCGCCUUUCCUUCAAUGUGGCUGGGUAAAGUUCUUGGAAAUUGCUUUCCUACAGCACUGGAUUUACCUGUACCAUGUGGACUGCAGAUAUUCAAAGAAAAUUUUCUGUCUCUCCAGACAUUUAAGGAUGGACCACAAGUGCUGGCCGCACUAGGUUUACCCACAUCUAUAAUGUAGAAAAAAAAAUUAAGCUCUGUGAUGCUUUUACUUAAAACAAUACAGUUCAACCACAGUACAUCUAACCAUAGAAAAUUAAGUUCUACAUUGAAACACUUCUGUUUUUGGAUUAGACACCACUGUUAAAACUGGUUAUGAUAACAGGAAGAAUUAAUUAUUGUUAGGAAUUUCCACUUUGUUUUCAGGCUUUUGAGGUGGCUCUAAAAUUAAGCUGACUCUUUUGGAGUAAUUUUCAAUAAUUUAAAUUUAGGUGUUGAAUUUCCACUGUAAAGAUAAAAUGCUUGUUUGUUAUGCAUAAUCCUAUCUUCAACUGUAUUAGCCAAAUUCCAUACACACCAGGGAUUUUCUUAAUGCAACUUUUUAAAAAUUGUUUUUAAGAUGCUGCCCUAUUGCCAGUUCAUGACAAAUUUUGCAUUGAAUGGGAACCUCAAGAACACUUAGACGAUUAAUUGUGCCCAAUGCAAUCAGACUGAUUUUUAGUUUGUCUGACGCAGGCAUGUUCAGUGGCAGCUAAUCACCGCUCCCUCCAGCAUGAUGGCUCAUCACACUGAUUUGCCAUGAACUUGGACUAGCCAACCUGUCAUCCAAUCGCAAACCUCAAUAGUGGUGUCCCUCUCACUGGCAGUUUCUGGGUCUGAAAGACUAAUACUCGGGGAUCCAAAGAUGAGCAGCUAAAUUUCUUUUUUUGCAUCAGAUGGGAAGGGUGGGGUUACUGGGCUCAGAAGGGAGGCCUUCCAUGGCCAUUGCUGUCUCCGCUUCUCCUCCCCUCACUAACCUGACCACCCGCUACUUUUCUUGUCUGCCAGGAAACAGAUGUUUGCCAAAACUUUUAACAGAUGACCAGGACAGUGACGAGUAAAGAUACUUAAGUGCCAAGCUGAUAUCCUUAAGUUGCUGAUAACUCAUCAUUCGGCCUUUGUUUCUGGUGAGAAGGGGGUUUGCAUCGCUCAAAGGACAACUUGCCUUUCUCAGCACCUUCAGGGAAUGGGAAAUUGCAGCCUCUAGUUUCAUAUAGAUCAUAAGUUAAAAUGUUUUUCAAGCUUCAAUAAGCCAAAUACUCUUUCCUUAUUCUUUGUAAUAUGAAGUGCCAACUUUAAGAAGUUGAGGGGGGGAAUUAUAAAAAUAAAUACAUUUCCAGCUUUUGUCAUACUGUAGUGUUGGGUUGAUUAGGACUGUACUUGAUAAUUAGAUCUCUUGUAGUAAGUGAAGGCCUUAUUUUAAUAUUAUCUGAUGAGGAAAGAAUUUUGGUGUGUAUGGGACAAAAGGAAGGAUGGUGUUUUCUUCAAGCUCUGAAUAAUUUUAAGUUUGUUUUUAUGAAGGGGGAUAGAUGAUCAGCACUUUCUGUCUCCGAGUUGGGCUGAAUUUUGAUUAAUUAGUUGUCCUUUGCAAAAAGAAUUAUCAAAGAUUACAAUGCGAUACCAACCCAUACAGGCCUAGCACGUAGUGUUCAAUAAUUGGUUUAGCCCUUACAAAUAACAAAGUAACAACUGUUUUGAAUGCAGUUUCUCUUGCGUAUAAUUUCCCUUGUCUGCAAUUUAUAAAGUAUUGAUGUCUUAUGGUAAAACUUCUCCUAUUUGUAAUUAUUUCAUUUGGGUAACUAAUAAUUUAGUGAAGGCAGUAUGGGUAUUUGCCAGUCACCAGGUUUAACUGCCAACCAGACUAACUAUUGGUUGCACUAGCACAUGUUUGCAGUACUCUGGGCAACUGCCUCACCCUUGCAUUCGCACCCCCCAAGAGGGGGAAUAUAAUACAUCAUUGAAGAUUUGAGCUGUUUGAGAAAUUAAAUAUCUUCUCUACUAAUUUUGCAAUGUUGAAUUUAGAUUUUACAGUACCUCAAAAGGACAAGGAAAUAUUUCAGUUCAAAAUCAAAAUGUAAAAUUUGUAGUUUUAUUCAGAUAACUGAUAAAUCUAAUGUUUUUUAAGAGUCUAAAUUUGGAAUUUACUGGAUUAUUUGGUACUUAAGUGAAUAUUUGGUGACCAGGUGAAGUGUCUGGGGGGGGGGGGGGGGGGGGGGGAGGAGGAGAGGGAGUGUGGAGACCUUUUGCAGUAUUCUUGCUUCUGAGAAAAAUUUUCAAAAAUUUCAAUUGUCAAUGCAUUACAUUUUAAUAGCUCCAACAAAAUUAUUAAGUACUUCAAAUGUAAAUUGUGACCACUUACUGGCUAUGUACCAGCUUUAUUCAACACUUUAUUGUAUCUGUAACAUUUUUAAUAAGCUAUUACUUGUUGGCUCCCGAAAACUGCCUCCUAUACAUAAAAUGUGAUUUUUUUUUUACUACUAGAAAAACAAUUGUUGAAAUUUUAUUUUUUACCAAAACUAUUUUGAGUAAAGUUUUAUCGCACAUCUUUCAUUACAGGAAGUAUUGUUGAUUUAAUUGCAUUUGCAGUUUUUUUUAAUGAAUGCC